UGCAGCGCAACAUAGUAAAUUGUAACAAAAGAGCUUUCUUACGGCAUUUGUGGCAAGUUCGGUUUUAUUUGAAUGCACGAGUGCAUUUUGCUCUGUUCGUGUCGGUAGCGUGUGUUGAGCCCUGUGAGUGUUUUCUAGUGGCCGUGUGGGUGCAUGCAUGCGAACGCCAAGAUGCAUCUCUCCAGCGAUGUCUCGAAUGCGCUGAAGCACAUCGAAAUCAUCAAGCAGACGGUCGAGGAGAUGGAGCCCAACAAGCUGCAGCUCAAUGUAAGCGACGACCUGAAGCUGGUGCUCGAUCUGCUGCAGGAUCCGGUAUUUCGCAACAUCGUCCAAAUCCAGGACUCAUUGGCGGAAUUGAACCAUCAGAUCACGCAGCACCCCUCGAUACUUCCGGGCGACUUCGAUAUUGCGAACAGUGGCGAACUGGUGCUGAGUGUCCCACCCGGUACGGAUUUGUUCGAGGCGGACUACCAGGAUGAGCAGCGGGUCCCAUCGGCCCAGAUCUCUCCCGGUAGUCCCGGUCCGGGUGGUAUGCUGGUUGUUACCGGACAGCCGAAACUGAAUCUACUCGACCAUGCCCAGCUCCAGGCGACUGGAGGUGGUUCAAUGGGCCAGACGGGUGUUACGCCCGUACCACAACACCUGCAGCAACAGCCCCUGGAUGCGCAACAGUUGCUGAAUGCGUCAAUGCAGCUGACCAACGACACGUCGCUGUUCGAGGUGCCUUCGAUUGUUCAAGACCACCAUCACAAGCUUCAGCCGGAGCAGACAGAUCAGCAUCCACUCGGAGGGCCGUUUAACGAUUCUCCCAAAUCGGUACCGGAAACGAUCGUUGCUGGCGGUUCUCCAGCUGACUGGUCCCGCAUACUCGACAUCGAGCUAGUAAACGAUGGGACCGGACUGGGUUUCGGUAUUAUAGGCGCCCGUACAACAGGUGUCACGGUAAAAACGAUUCUGGCGGGUGGGGUGGCAGAUCGCGAUGGAAGGCUGAAGAGUGGCGAUCAAAUCCUCCAGAUCGGUGACGUUAACCUGCACGAGAUGGUUUCGGAACAAGUUGCCUCCGUUUUGCGACAGUCCGGUACGCAUGUACAGCUCGUAGUGGCACGACCGAUCGAUCCGGCAACGGUGGGAACAACCGAGUACGAUCAUUCCGCUAUCGUACCAACGGUGCUAUUGGCAAACCCGCUGAAACUGAAACAGUAUCUAGCGGAUUCCGGGUUCGGCGAUAUCUACGGUGUGUACUCCAUCGCAAACCUCGACAGCCCGGGGUUGGACAAUCCGUUCGGCAAGGAAAGCCCACUGCCAGACUUCCCCGAGACGGAGGUGUUUACGGUGGAGUUGCGAAAGGAUCAGAACGGGUUGGGCAUCACGAUUGCAGGGUACGUUUGCGAGAAGGAGGAACUGUCCGGUAUAUUCGUGAAAAGUGUUUCACCGGGCAGUGCGGCCGAUCUGAGUGGCAAGAUACAAGUGAACGACCGUAUUAUCGAGGUGGACGGUCAGUCACUGCACGGUUUCUCCAACCAUCAAGCGGUAGAUGUGCUGAAACAGAGCGGUCACGUAGUUAAGCUGUGCCUGGAGAGGUAUCUGCGUGGCCCGAAGUACGACCAGCUGCAGCAGGCAAUCGCAGCCAACGAGAUGAAACCUCCAACACCAGCCACACCACCGCCACCACUCGGUCCAACCGAUCUGUCCAAGUAUGGUAGCAACAUACUGGACAUCUUGCCUCCGCAAGCACUGCAACGCACUCAGGGAAAGGAACUGGAUGGGCCGGGUGAGAUUGAGGACGAGCUAGAUGAUAGCGAUGUAGUCGGGAUGGGUGGAGACGCAUCCAUCGUACACGUGGCCGGACACAAGAAAUUGUCCCGGGCGAAAGAUUCGAUCGAUACGCAAGAAUAUCGAGAAAAAAUCAAGGAGGCCACAAUCAUUGCUGAGGCAGGUGCGUUGGAAGACAGCGCUCUCAUGGACGCUACCAAUCCGGUGGCAAUUGCACGACACCAUCAGAGUACUGCAAAGUUGCGUAGUUCGCUAAAGGGCGCUACCACCGUGGAGGAAGUCUCCCCGGACCAGGAUCCCGACACGACGUACAUCGUGAAGAAGUGGACCAACAUACUUGGCCCGGAGGUUCAGAUAAUUGUGGCGAAUAUUCGCAAAUUCGCUGCAUCGAGUGGGCUCGGAAUCUCUCUCGAGGGAACGGUGGAUGUGGAGGGUGGGAAGGAAGUUCGUCCACAUCACUACAUUCGUUCGAUCUUACCGGAAGGUCCGGUAGGACAGAAUGGGCUGUUGCGUUCGGGUGAUGAGUUGCUUGAGGUUAACGGUCAACGCUUGCUCGGAAUGAAUCAUCUUAAAGUGGUGUCGAUCCUGAAGGAGUUGCCACAGGAUGUGUGCAUGGUGUGCGCUCGAGGUGAUCCAGAUCUGUUGCGAUUUACCGAGGAGCAACUGAUCAGCUCGCUGGAGGCAGAUGUGGCCAAACGCAACACUCAGCAUCAUCACCCGCAGUUGCACGGAAGUCUAACGCCGUCGGAACGAUUGGUGAAAGCAAAAUCGGACGGCAGUUUGGCCACUACUAAUGGUACGGGGAUGGGCGGUGGACCCGGCGGUGUCGGUGUGGGCGAUGGAUUUUCCAAGAUCAAAUCACGCAGCCUCGAACCGCUCACUGGGCUAGCAAUGUGGAGCUCGGAGCCACAGAUCAUCGAGCUGAUCAAGGGAGAGCGUGGGCUCGGGUUCUCCAUACUCGACUAUCAGGAUCCGCUCGAUCCGAACGAUACACUGAUCGUUAUCCGAUCGCUCGUCCCCGGCGGUGUGGCCCAGCUCGAUGGGAGACUUAUUCCCGGCGAUCGUUUGCUGUUCGUCAACGAUACGAUCCUAGAGAACGCUUCACUCGAUCAAGCGGUACAGGCAUUGAAAGGCGCCCCGAAGGGUGUAGUGCGUAUCGGUGUUGCCAAACCACUUCCCAUGCAGGACUCGUCACUCGCGGCACCACCGUUCGACGAGAAGAGUGUAGCGGACAGCAAUGGGGCCGGUUCCGGUAGCGGUAAGAUGUUGUCGCUGGCCAAACCGGAUAUAAUAAUGGAAUGAGGAUGUUUAGUCAUAAGCAGAAAUGAAUAUGAGCGCUUUUCGGAGCUGUACCUCCGGUUGGACGCCCUGCUUGAGUUGAUUGACGGUGCGACCCAUGCCGAACGGUUUGUCGUUUAGUUCGGUCCCGGUUGUAACACCGUCUCUGCCUCCCAAUACCACCACCGCCACCACGACCACCGCAAAUCGCUAUCAGCACCUUCCUGUGUGAAGGAAACGCAAGGCAACGGCGAACGAAGCAAGACCGCUACCUACCAUCACCAAACCUUUCCCGAAAGCUUUUCUACUAAAUAAUUCCGCCCCAAUGUAUGCGCUUUGCUUUGGAUUAUUUAUGGUUUUUUUUUUCGUUUGACGACGCAUUUCCGUUUGUCGUGUCCCGGAACAGUGCUCAUAUUUCGAGCUACCGGUAAUCCGUCUUCCAUUACAAAAAAAACUCUUGUUUUGUAAAGAGAUAGAUCUCUUACACUUCCACCCCUCCCAUUGACAUCGUUCUAGUGUAGUAUUGGUUCAUUCCUCAUUACGCAUCAAACCAUCCUCGAUCCCGGAUAACUUCCCCCGCACAGUCCGACCGCACAUUUGCACCCAAGAAAGCCAAAAAGAAGAGAAAAAAAUCAUAAGAAGAGAACAACGCAAUGGCAUUAUAUUUAAAGUUGUUAAUAUAGAACAAUGUUCAGCAUACAAGCAAAACAAAAGACGACUCAUAAAGCAAACGUCAUCAUAUUUUCUCACUCAAUACAAUUGCACACGAAUAUCCGGAAUGCCAAAAACACGCGCACCCACCAAAAGAAAAAAAAUAUUGAAGGGAAGAGAACAAAGGUACUUAAGAAAUACUUGCACCAUAUUAAGAACAUACACACACAGCUUUCACUAAGGUGCACCCAACUUCUGUCGUUUGAUCUUGUCGUUAUUGCACUUUGCACUCAAAAAAGAAGGAAUUAACUCUCCCAGUUUCGUUGAGUUCUAUCUAUCUACAUCCUUUCAAACCAAAUGUCGUUGUCAGUAAUGGCAUCUAUUGGGAGGGAUUUCAAUUUAGUUAAUUGUUUUAGAAAAAUGUACGCACCCGACAGGUAUUGGCGUACUAAUUAGCUUAAUUGUUUUAGCAUAAUUUAUGCAAUUUGUUUUAUACUACUAUGUACUUAUUCGUUUGUGAAGAAGGCAACGACAAAGAAAGGCUUUGUUUAGAAUUAUACUUUGGUUUUACUACACACAAAAUGCAACUAUACUCACGUGCACAUAAAGAUGCACCUCUCAGAAAAAAAACACUCAUGAAUAUACCCAUGGCUAUCACACUUCACGUAGUGCACCCCAUAAUCAAAACAAAACUAGCGUGUAGAGUCGAAUAACUCACCUUAUCAUCUGUAUUAUUUGAUCUAAAGUGCAUACUCUCACUCACCUUUCUAUCAUUACUUUGUUUGGUAAGGUUACACGUUUUCUAAGUAUUAAAUUGCUAUAAUGCCAGAUAAAGCUUCAAGCGUGCGUCUGCUUGUGCUUGAGGUGCUGACAAUUUACUUCGUGCGUUUUAUAAUUGGACCUCGACCUAAUCGUACUUACAUUCUCUACAUUGAGUUGAUCAACAAAACAAAAAUGAAACAAUUGUCCUUUACCAUUUACUUACUUUCCUAAACAACUAAACAAUCUUCUCGCUCGUACUCGCGCGAUCUUACGCAAGCAAGAAUGCAGAACAGAAAAGCUAAUGGUGGAUUAUUGAUUUCUGACUUAUGACGUUAAUUGGAAGAUAAUAAGAACAAAAAACAACAUGAAAGAGAAUGAAAAAAGAAAUACAAGUGGAAAAAAAACACCACUUUGUAAAACAAACAUGCGUUAACGGAAAAUGCAGAUAACGGAAGCAAAGAAGCACGGGAAUAAAUGCAAAUAGGAAAAUAUAAGUAGCAGAACAUAGAAGAACUAACACACCAUACAAAGCAAGCAUUGAAUGGUAUGAAAUAGCAAGUGAUAUGGGUUAGAAAGUAGAGCAGAAUAGAAGACAAACGCAUGCAAAAAACGUAACUAGAAUAUGAGUGAAUAUGAAUGGAAGAGCCAACAGGAAGAAGGGCGUACACAUGUACAAGCAACCGUUGACAAUCGCGGUUCAUGUGCGUAAACGUAUCCUUGUCAGCUCAGGUGAACUGAGUUCACAUCGAUUGAAUCUCGUAGGACCGGCGGUAGAUCAACACCCUAAUCUCCUGCUAACGGAUAUGUUCGGCUACAUGGGAAUGUUUCGUACAGAAUAGGUACUUCCUAUACGGUGUUUGUGUAUG